AAUCAUCAUCCAUCACGCUUUUGUUGUUCUCGGGUUUUACUGUGCUUUGGAAUCAGUUAAUUCUGUUUACCGUGUUUGGAGCUGAAAUGUUUUAGUACUAUUAGUUGAGGUGGAUUUUGAGCUUGAUUAUUGAAUUGAAUACAGAAAUUGGAAGAAAUUUAUAGUUGGACUUGUAGUAGUAUGGAAGUUUUACCCGUCGAUUUAUCUUGGAGACGAGGUUUUGGGAUUGUUUAGAUCAGUCUUUAUCUUAGGAGUUGGAGAAUUAACAAUUCGGGUUUUGGUUUAGUUGCCUAAUUGAUUGAAUCUUUCAAAAGAGUUUGUGGGUAGUUAUGAGAGCAAUAUAAGAAUGAAAAUUACCAUGGCCACACUGUGUUUUAGAAUCAAAAUGUUACUUUCUACUAGCUUUAAGUGAGGAAGAUUAGAGAUAAUGGAAAAAGGUAUAGAGAAUAGAAUACCGAUCACUCGGUUAAAGCCCAGAGUAGUAAUGUAACUUUGAAAUGCUGAGAGCUAAAGUUUAUUGGCAUUUGAUGAUGCCUGUCUUUGAUCUUCACAUGCUACAUACUUGUGGAUACACCUUUUAUCUUAGUCUUCUUUUAACAUCUUUGCAUACUCAGAAUUAAUGAGGUGAAUGUGAAUUUUCAAAAUUAGGAAAUUUUGGUUCACCCCGAGAAACCAUAUUCACUUUAUUGUGAUUAUUUUCAUAUUUUAGCAGCCAUAGUGACGAUCUUCUCAAAAGUUUUAUGAUGGGGUUCCGUUUAAUUAUGGAAAGCUAUUAACAGUUUUGCUGCUUUUGUAUGUGGCUGAAGGAAAAGCAUUUCUUCCUUUUGACGGGCACACUAUUUAGAUGGCUGAAAGCUGGGAUGGCAAUCUUGAAAUUGGUAGCCCAUCAGACGAGAGCUACCAUUUUGAGAGACUAUAUUUGGAACCUACAUAUGAUGCGUUUAUAUGUCCUCUUACAAAGCAAGUAAUGCGUGAUCCUGUAACUAUUGAAAGUGGGCAAACUUUUGAAAGGGAAGCAAUUGAGAAAUGGUUUAAUGAAUGCAAGGCAAGCAGAAGAAAUCCCGUCUGCCCCUUAACACAAAGAGAAUUGAGAAGCACAGAGUUGAAUCCAAGUAUAGCCUUGCGGAACACCAUUGAAGAAUGGAAUGCACGUAACGAAGCUGCUCAGCUCGAUAUGGCUCGCAGAACGCUCUCUCUGGGAAGUGCAGAGACUGAUAUUCUGCGAGUGUUGCAUACUCUUGAGCAUCUCUGCCAGAAAAGUAGGUCUAAUACCCGUGUAAUCCGAAAUGCAGAGCUGAUACCAAUGAUUAUCGACAUGUUAAAGAGCACCAGUCGCAGGGUUCGGCGCAAAGCUCUUGAAACUCUUCGAGCUGUUGUGGAGGAUGACACUGAAAAUAAGGAUAUAAUGGCUGAGGGUGAUACUGUUCGGACAAUAGUAAAAUUCUUAUCCCAUGAGCAAUCCAAAGAGAGAGAAGAAGCGGUGUCUUUGUUAUUUGAGCUAUCCAAAUCUCAGUCAUUGUGUGAAAAGAUUGGUUCAAUUAAUGGAGCAAUUCUCAUCCUAGUUGGAAUGGCAAGUAGCAAUUCAGAAAAUCUUGUUACUGUUGAGAAUGCAGAAAAGACCCUGGAAAAUCUGGAAAAAUGUGAAUGCAAUGUAAGACAAAUGGCAGAAAAUGGUAGAUUACGAUCUCUUAUGACUCUACUACUUGAAGGAUCAAAUGAGACCAAGAUUUCAAUGGCUGCAUUUCUAGGUGAGCUGGUCCUUAACAAUGACUUGAAAGUCUUAGUAGCUAGGACUGUUGGUUCUUCACUGAUUAAUAUCAUGAAACAUGGUAACAAUCAAGCUAGAGAGGCCGCUUUAAAAGCUUUAAAUCAAAUAUCAUCGUAUGAGGUCAGUGCCAAGGUCUUGAUAAGAGAAGGUAUACUUUCCCCACUCGUCAAAGAUCUCUUCACCAUUGGUGCCAAUGCACUGCCCAUGCGACUAAAAGAAGUCUCUGCAACAAUUUUAGCAAAUAUUGUAACCUCGGGCAAUGAUUUUGAUUCUGUCCCGUUUGGUCCUGAUCAUCAGACUAUGGUCUCUGAGGACAUUAUUCAUAACUUUCUCCAUCUUAUCAGCAACACUGGACCCGCAAUAGAAUGUAAGCUUCUUCAGGUCCUUGUUGGACUGACCAGUUCCCCCAACUCAGUAAUCAGCGUCGUAUCUGCUAUUAAAAGCUCAGGUGCUAUAAUCAGUUUGGUUCAGUUUAUUGAGGCCCCGCAGAAGGAUCUAAGAGUGGCUUCCAUAAAACUUCUCCAGAAUCUCUCUCCCCAUAUGGGUCUGGAACUAGCAAGUUGCUUAAGGGGUACAUCUGGUCAGCUCGGUAGCCUAAUCAAGGUCAUAUCAGAGAAUGUUGGUGGUAUAACCGAGGAACAAGCAGCAGCUAUAGGGCUUUUAGCUGAUCUACCAGAACGAGACGUGGGCCUUACAAGGCAGAUGCUUGAUGAAAAGCUCUUCCAACUUGUCAUCUCCAAGGUAGAAGGCAUCCAACAGGGAGGAAUAAGAGGUAGCCGGUUUGUAACUCCAUAUCUAGAAGGGCUUGUGAAAGUUCUUGCAAGGAUCACUUUUGUGCUGUCUAAUGAGCCGGAUGCUCUUGCACUUUGUCGCGAAUAUAAUGUUGCUUCGCUUUUCAUUGAACUUUUGAAAAUGAAUGGGCUUGACAAUGUGCAGAUGGUAUCUGCUAUGGCUUUGGAGAAUCUAUCCCAAGAAUCCAAGAAUUUGACCAGAUUGCCUGAGUUGCCUAAGCCUGGAUUUUGUGUAUCCAUCUUCCCUUGUUUAAGCCAGCCGCCUUCUAUAACUGGAUUGUGUAAAGUUCAUCGUGGAACAUGUUCGCUAAAAGAAACCUUUUGUCUUUUGGAAGGACAGGCGGUGGAAGAGUUGGUGGCCCUCCUAGACCAUACCAAAGAGAAGGUGGUUGAGGCAUCACUCGCGGCUCUGUCAUCUUUAUUGGACGAUGGGGUAGAUAUUGAACAAGGAGUGCAGGUAUUAUGUGAAGCAGAAGGAAUCAAGCCCAUACUUCAGAUAUUACUUGAGAAACGUACCGAGAAUCUGAGGAGAAGGGCAGUUUGGGCAGCCGAGAGGCUUCUACGCACUGAUGAUAUAGCUUAUGAGGUUUCGGGUGAUCCAAACGUGAGCACAGCACUAGUGGAUGCUUUCCAGCAUGCUGAUUAUCGUACACGACAGAUUGCUGAACGGGCAUUGAAGCAUGUUGAUAAAAUCCCGAAUUUCUCUGGUGUCUUCCCGAACAUGGGAUAGGGAUCAGCAAAUGGUUUGAGGUUCUUGUAUUUAUUUCCACUCUAGAGGUUCUUAAGAUAAAAUCUAAAUUGUUUAUUGUUCUGUGAAAAGUCAGAUGUGCAGGUACAUACAUUGCUUCCCAAUUUUCUUCUUUGUAGAUGGUUUUAAAUUUUCAUUUUUCUUCUCUCCCUUGGUCCAUUUUUUCUGGUCAUAAUCUCUCUUUGGUCUUCAUUUACUCAGCUAUAUAGGUUGGAAUGUGAUAUUAUUUUUGCUAUUACUGCAAAUUCUGUACUUUUCUUGUGUAGCACACCUCAAACAAUCAAAGGUUACUUUUGUAUCUUUUUGCAAUGUAUGGAGUAUGGAUUAAGCAUUGAAAA